CAAGGUUGGCCAGAGGGGCGUCUGAGGCGGCGUUAGCUGGCAUCUCUACGUUGCUAAGACACUGGACACUGCUUUCUUUGUAGCAAGGAAAAUCUGAAUUCCUCCAACACUCAGGAUGGGGAAAGAUUAUUAUUCUAUCCUGGGAAUUGAAAAAGGGGCUUCUGAAGAGGAUAUCAAAAAGGCUUACAGAAAGCAAGCACUUAAAUGGCAUCCAGAUAAGAAUAAAUCUCCCCACGCAGAGGAAAAAUUCAAAGAGAUUGCAGAAGCUUAUGAAGUGCUGAGUGAUCCCAAAAAGAGAGACAUUUAUGAUCAGUUUGGAGAAGAAGGUCUGAAAGGAGGAGCUGGAGGACCUGAUGGACAGGGUGGUACCUUCCGGUACUCCUUCCACGGUGACCCUCAUGCUACUUUUGCAGCUUUCUUUGGUGGCACAAAUCCUUUUGAGAUCUUCUUUGGAAGGAGGAUGCCUGGUGGUAGAGACGCUGAAGACAUGGAGGUGGAUGGUGAUCCAUUUGGAUCCUUCACUAGUUUUAGUAUGAAUGGUUUUCCAAGGGAAAGGAAUACAGUUGGUAGCCAAUUACGUCGUAAACAAGAUCCCCCUGUAAUCCAUGAACUUAAAGUGUCCCUGGAAGAGAUCUAUCAUGGCUGCACAAAAAGGAUGAGGAUUUCACGUAAAAGGCUUAACCCAGAUGGUAGAAGUGUCCGAACAGAGGACAAAAUUCUUACUAUUGAGAUAAAAAGAGGAUGGAAAGAAGGCACCAAAAUCACUUUUCCAAAAGAAGGCGAUGAAACACCCAACACGAUUCCAGCUGAUAUUGUUUUUAUCAUUAAAGAUAAACCUCACUCUCACUUCAAAAGAGAUGGAUCAAAUAUUAUCUAUCCUGUUAAGAUCAGCUUAAGGGAGGCUUUGUGUGGGAGCUCUAUCAAUGUGCCAACGAUAGAAGGAAGAACCAUACCCAUGACGGUAAAUGAAGUUGUAAAGCCUGGGAUGAGAAGAAGAAUUAUAGGAUAUGGUUUGCCGUUUCCCAAAAAUCCUGACCAACGUGGAGACUUAAUUAUAGAAUUUGAAGUAAUUUUCCCAGAUAACAUUUCUCCAGCAUCAAAAGAAGUACUUAGGCGAAAUCUUCCAGUUUCGUAAAACGAAGACUGUGUAUAUCAGCUGUUUAAAUAGGACACUGGAAAUGCAGAAGACUGGCAAGUCUGUGCUUUAAAAGUGCAAUCUGUAACAACUAGUGGAAU